AUGAGGGGGCAAACUGUGACUGAAAUGGAGCACGGCUACCCGCUGAACUGUGGCGUGUUCACAGUGACCUUGACAGAUGCUGUGGAAGCUGCAGCCGAGCCCUACGUGCCGCAGCAGCCGCCCUUCCGCCCGCUGGAGCCCUACGGGGCUCCUCGCUCUGACCCCUACGCACCCACCAGGAGCCUUGAGGUGCCGCAAGCGCUGCCCGAGAGCGCGGUCGCCGGCCAGGGCCGCCUCAGUGUGGGCAGCAUCUACCGGCCCAGCCCCAACGGACGGGGCCUGCCCGACCUGGUGCCGGAUCCCAACUACGUCCAGGCCUCCACCUAUGUGCAGAGAGCGCAUCUGUACUCGCUGCGCUGCGCCGCUGAGGAGAAGUGCCUGGCCAGUACUGCCUACACAGCCGAGGUCACCGACUACGACGUGCGGGUGCUGCUGCGCUUCCCGCAGCGUGUCAAGAACCAGGGCACGGCCGACUUCCUGCCCAGCCGUCCGCGGCACAGCUGGGAAUGGCACAGCUGCCACCAGCACUACCACAGCAUGGACGAGUUCAGCCACUAUGACCUCCUGGAUGCCACCACAGGGAGGAAGGUGGCCGAGGGCCACAAGGCCAGCUUCUGCUUGGAGGACACGACCUGUGACUUCGGGAACCUGAAGCGCUACGCCUGCACGUCGCACACCCAGGGCUUGAGCCCAGGGUGCUAUGACACCUACAACGCCGACAUUGACUGCCAGUGGAUAGACAUAACAGACGUGCAGCCAGGAAAUUAUGUCCUGAAGGUCCAAGUGAACCCCAAAUACAUUGUGCUGGAGUCUGACUUCACAAACAAUGUGGUGAGGUGCAACAUUCACUACACCGGCCGCUACGUUUCCACGACAAACUGCAAGAUUUCCCAAUCUUGAUCGGAGCAGGGCUGGAGGGAAGCCA